AUGUUAUUUGUGGUUAGGUUAGAUAUUAUGUCAACCAGCUCAACUCAAGCAACUCAUGUAACAUGGAAUGUCAAUGAGGUUGAUAAGUUUGUUUAUGUAAUGAUUGAGAAUGUGAGGAAUGGUCAAAAGACCAACACCACAUUCUCAAAAGUAGGUUGGAAUAACAUCCAAACUGAAAUGGAACGGAUGUUUCAACGUCCUUUUUCAAAAGACCAACUACGUCAGAAGAUAUACAAAUUACAGAAGGACUACCAUAGCUUCAAAAAACUGUUAGAGACUACAGGGUUUGGUUGGGACCAUAAUUCAAGGACAGCUACUGCAGAAGAUUCUGUUUGGGAUUCUGCUAUUAAGGCAAACCCAACAUGGAGAAUAUUUCGAAGGAAUGGCCUUCCAUGGUGGCCUGAGUUGUGUGAGAUCUUUUCAGACACAAGUGCAAAUGGGGAAAGAGGAGUUACCCCACAAAGGCCUACAGCUCCACCCCCAAUCAUCAUUGAUGAACAAUUAGAGGAUGAGAUAGGCCCACAGGAUUCCUCAUUGGGUUUGGAUGAGAUAGAGCCAACUGAUGUUCAGGAUUGUACAACUCCUCCUACCACAAAGCAGAAGCGGGAUCUUGAUAAAACACCAAAUGAUCGUAGGAAGAAGAGUGCAUUAAAAGCUAUUGCUGGUAUUAAGAGUGAUUUUACUCGCUUUAUUAACUGGAAAAUGGAGCGGGCUGAUAGUGUCACUCCCACAUCCUCCGUAUCACCUCCUGUUGUUUCUACCACUACUGUGCAACCUCUCACUGUGCCUCCUCCUGAUCCGACACACCAUGAUGGACCUUAUAGCAUCAAAGCUUGUCAGAUUAUGUUGGACAACAUAAAAGACAUUAGCAAAAAGGUGUAUGCGGCUGCCGCCAAGAAGAUGGUUGACGACCCUGGUUGGAGAAUCUCAUUUAUGGAGGUAAGACCAGACAGAAGGAUGUGGAUCUUAUCUAUCUUUUAA